UAACUGUACUCGAAGUUCUCUAACGGGUGUAUCUACUGCCUACGAAAUUUUAUACCGACUGUUUCAGGAUAAUAUUCAUUAUAUUAUUUAUAACACGAAAUAUAACAAUUUUUAAUUAUGUUCCGUUAAUCACGAUACCUUCAACAGUGGAACAUGUAUAUUCACAAGUAGAGAACCUGCUCCGAAAUGAGACCUUAUAGUUGUGAAAUUGUAUUACUUGAAAAUAUUUAUUGUUAUGAAAAAUGUUAAAUAUGGAAGAUUUGACAGAAGAACGUAACACUGAUGAUGACUUGAAUCAUAGUACUGCCAGUAAUGCUGGAGAAAUUUCUCAGGAAGAAGCUGAGAAUACAGUUCACGCCGAUGAGGAGCAGAAAGAAAAACUACUUAAAUUGCCAAUUGGCAGAGUAAAGACAAUUGUUAAAAUGGAUCCUGACGUUAGUUUAGUAAAUCAGGAGGCUGUGUUUUUAAUAACAAAGUCAACGGAACUCUUCAUAGAUUCACUUGCGAAAGAAGCUUAUAAAUAUACAGCGCAGACUAAGAAAAAAACUGUACAAAAACGAGAUGUAGAAAACGCUAUUGAGAACAUCGAUGCCCUUGUAUUCUUGGAAGGAACGUUGGAGUAAUACGUAUGUUUAUUUUUAACAGGGUGGUAAAAGAAAGUUAUUUUAAUAUUGCUCCAGUUUCGUCGAUACGUUCGCCGAUACGUUAGCAAUAUUUUAUUACAAAUUGUUUAAACUUUCCAAGGUACUUGUCAAAUUAUAAACUACACUUAUCGGUACAAGGUAAGAAAAGUAAAGAGAAUCAUUACUAUACCAACAGCAUUUAUGUUGACGACGCAUGGUAGAUCCUUAUUAUUUAUAAUUUGUAUUGCAAAUCUGAUGUCCCAAAUUUGUUGACAUUCAAAUAAAAAUAAUCUAUCUCAGAUGAUUAUUCAAUUUCGCAUUUUCUCAAUUAAUUUCUUCCAUUUCCAGUACAUUCAAAUUGCAGUUCAAAUUUGAAUAAAGUGAUUUGUAGAAGACAUGUAAAUAUCUAUUAAUAUCAAUAGAGACAAAAAAUUUGCAUACAAAUCUGUUUAUUCAAUGUACUUUUAUUCAGUGAGUAUUUUAGUAUUUGAAUCGUAAUUUGUGAAUUCAAUUACACAAGAGAUGUAUUAAUCAAUAGAUUUGACGGUAAAAGUGCUGCUGUAAUAUAUUAUUUGAUAAAUACUAUAUUAAGAAGAAAGUUGCACACUUGAAACUAUAAGAGGAACGAUAAGUUGAACAAGACCUGUUAGUAAAGUUUGCAUUACUAUCAGUGACAUGUUUUAUAUCACUCUGCAUAUUUUUCCAACAUGCGCAUUAUGUAUGUGUAUGCAUACAUAAUUAGCACAUUAAGCAAUUCUUCUAAAACAAGGAGUUGACGUGUUUAAACACAAACCAUUGAAGGAAAUAAACACUAGCAUUUCUUAUGAUUCAUUGUAACCUUAAAAUUUCAUUCUAGAAAUGAGCUGUACUUCUACCUACCAUUUAAUUCUUAAAGAACUAGGUAUAAUGCUUUUAACUGUAUUUGUCAUUUUUUUCAGUUUUGAAAGACACACGCAUUAUCGGAUACAAAAAUUUGGUAAAAAAAUUGAUGGACAAAUAAAUAUGUAUCUUGACAUUCAUUAUGCAUACACAUUAAGUCUUCGUGGAAUACUAGUUUUAAUUAUAUCGCACAUCUGCUUAGAACGAAAAAAAAAAAGAAAGAUUUCUU